GUCAACUCUUCCUCGCUCGCUUGCUGCUUGUAACGGGCCAAACAACAAACUCAAUCACCCACAAAAUGGACCACGCAGCAGUCGCGCAAGCGGCCGUGGAGAAGUUCAUUGCGGAGGAGGCACGCAAUUUAGCAGAUGCCGAUAAGCGUGCGAAGGCGAUGGCUGGGCUGUGCAUCCUUUUGACACAGUUGCAAGAACCUUCCGUGCCAAAAGAGCUAGAGGACGCCAUUCCUAGCAUCGUCGAGCUAACGGCGCAUUCAGAGGACCGCAGCAUUCAGGCCAAUGCGUGUGCAGUGCUGUCAGGCCUGUGUGCAUGCACUGAUGAACUCCAGGCCAAGUGCAUCGCACUGGGGGCGGUGGAGAAGGUCCUGGCGCUGGUGCAGUCGGUGGCGGACACGGAGGAGCGGACCGUGCAGCUCAAUGCGCUUGGGAGCCUGACGGAGCUGCUGCGGGACAACGAGCCCAAGGCGGAGGAGCUGGUGGCGGCGGGCGGGCUGGAGCCCAUCCUGCGGCUGUGCGACCCCGCGCUGCCGGAGCGGCUGCAGGAGGCGGCGGCGGACGUGGUCUGCUCCAUUGCCUGCUCCGACAGCACCCGUGCGGCGCUCUCAGAGCAGGGUGCGGUGAGCAAGCUGGCUGCGCUGCUAGCGACGCCCAACAACGACGUCCGCGUCCGCGCACUGAUGGGCCUGGGAAUGCUGUUGUCCAAGAACCAACCCAACCAACUACUGCUUGCAAAGGACAUGGCGGCGGUCAAGCAGUUGAUGGCCAUCAUGCGGCAACAGGAGGACCCUGACUGCCGCAUUGUGGCGCGAGACCUCUUUGCCGGCCUGGCCGCCAACACGGACUGCAAGGAGCACGUGGCGGCUGCGAUGCGCGCUUAAGGAAUGGGUUGGCAUUCAGCAGAGUUUUGGAGCCUGACUUUGCUGAGGUUACGACCAUACAAACAUGCGUGUCAACUGUAGCAGUACUUACCCGGGCAUGCGGGCGACUGCUGCGGUGAGCAUGAGCAGGUGGGACAGACCCGCCGUGUCAGGCCGAUUGAGGCUGAAUGGAGUCACUGGGAGCAGGAGCGCUGAAAAGCUGACAUGGAGCUACCGAUGGGGCAUACAUGCAUCAUACGGCGCUGCGGCGGUAGCGGAAACUCAUCAUCGAAAUGCGAGGUGCGGAGUGCGGAAUGAUGAGCUAAACGGAGUGGCACGUGGUGAUCUGGGGAAUGGCAUCAUUGGAAUACUGAGUUGCAUUGUGUUGGGGGCUGGUAUCACCUGUUGCGUAGUGUGGAUGUCUUGGGAAGGAGCAUAGGGAGGUUCUCAAAGUGCGAGUGGGCGCUGGACUCGUGCGCACGGAUUCGUGCCUCUGCAUGGGUGACCAC